GUCAUCGUUGUCGUAACAAUUAUUGCUCUAUGCUAGUUCUGUAAUUAUCAGUUCAGUUGAUGAGUGUGAAAUCUCUGGACUGUGGGGAGGACUCAAUCGUGUCCGGAGGCUGACAUUCACUGGCAUUUAACGAGGUUAACUAGGACUUCAAUAUGCACCUCGACUUUGCUACUUCACGCCUGUACCUGUUGCUGAUCUCUGCUGCUGUUCUCACGACGUUGAUAGAGUCCGUGGGCCAAUUGAAACUCUGCGUCGUGAGCACCGUUCAGAGGGCUAAAGUUGUCGAGGCCAAUUGCGGAGAUUUUAGGAAUGAUGCAUUCAAAUGUGUUAUUGUUAGUGACAGGAUUGAAUGUCUGAGAAAAAUAGUCAAUGGCAAAGCCGAUUUUGCUGUUUUCGAGCCGGAGGACCUCUUCGUCUCCAAAAACUUCAUCGAGGGACACAUUCUCAUCACCCACGAAGUGAGACUCUUCCCAAAUGAGACAUCGAAUUAUAAAAUGGUGGUUCUCGUUCGCAAUAAAAUCAGGAGCCUCAGCGAUCUCUACGGCAAAAAGUUCUGUCAUCCUGGAUAUGACACAAUGGAGUACGACUGGACACCACUUUAUGCAGACCACCUGCAGAAUCAAAUGAUUCCGAAGAAAUGUGACGACUCCGCUUCCCUCCUGGAGAACAGAUUCGUAGCCCUAUCAGAGUGGUUCGAGGCCGCUUGCUUCCCCGGUCCCUGGACCUUCUCCCCCAAAAGGGAAGUCGACAGAAACCUGAAGUCAAAACACCUUAACUUGUGUGCAAUUUGUGAUAAUGGCGCUUGUCAAAUCAAUGAUAAGUACGGUGGACGUAUGGGUUCUGUAAUGUGCCUGACCGAGGGUGAUGGAGACGUCGCUUGGGUGCGAUUGGAGGACGCGAAGGAGUAUUUCAAGAUGGAGAUGAUUAACACGUCGAGGUACAAAUUCCUGUGCCCCGAUGGGAUAGCGAGACGUGUGAAUUUCUCGAAGGACUUACCGUGCACUUGGAUCUCAAGACCUUGGCCAGUUAUAGCCGCAAGAAGUGAGGAAGCUGCGAGAGUGGCCAGAGUAGUCGAUGGACUCGAGCAUCUGAACGCCCCCUGGCAGGUGCUUCUCCUCCUCCUGAUGGAGGGCCACAGGGCGGCGUCAGUAAGAAUUGAUCCGUUCAAGACCCCAGAGGACUACCUCAACAAAUUCACAGGGCUGAGCAGUGCCUAUGCGGGAUCGACUUGUUACCCCUCGAGAGCAGUCAGGUGGUGUCUCUCGUCGAACCUCGAGGACAGAAAAUGCUAUUGGCUUCGUCAUGCUGCUCUUUCGUUUGGUUUUCAACCUGAAAUCACUUGCCUCCAGCUGGCUGGUAGAAAUGCCUCCAUCGAUGGUGUCGCCACGGGUUUCUGUGAUUUUUAUGUCGCUCGCCCCGAAGAGUUGAUGAUAGCAAAAACGAAAAAUUUGACAUCUAUCCUCCAGAUGACAAGUGCCUACCUCAAACACUUUAACAACAUCGUGAUACUAGUGAAAAAGACCUCGAGUUACAGAACAAUCAGAGAUCUCAAGGGCGCUAAAGCUUGCUUCACAAAAUACAGAAGUGUAGGAUGGAAUGCCUUUGUUAGUUUCAUGAACAAUUACACAAUGGAUUCGACCUGGUCUUGCUCAGAUGAAAAAGCCCUGUCAGGUUUUUUCAAGUCAAUUAUUGUUCCCGACGCGAAAGUCGAGGACGACCAGGCCAUUGCCCAAACUAUUAAGUGUUUGAUGUCAGGACGUGGUGACGUUGCAUUCGUCACCCUACAGGAGAAAUUUAUAGAUCAUCUGGAUGUGCGUAGAAUCUGCGUCGAAGAUGUCCCUGAUCCUGACUGCAUUCUCACCUGGAGUACUUUGGGCUCGGUGAUGGUGAAUGAAAAUCUACCCGAUGUACGUCGGAGAGACAUAAUAUCCGUCUUAGAAGAGAUGAACACUUGGUUUGGUGUUCGACAUCCAGAGCCAACGCCAAUCAUCAGCUUGUACGAGCCCUACGACUCCUACCACAAUGUUAUCUUUCCGGAAUUGACUGUCAACCUUCUGCAGAAUAUAAAUCACGUACAACUACCUCGACCUUAUACCGAUAUAGUAGAGCACCUGAUCAAGGUUAGGAAUGAUCCCCUCAUCUGCGGAUCCAGAUCGACAAAGUCUCAUUAUAGUAUUUUUAUGUUGUUGAUUGUUACCGUUUUAAUGAAUAGCCGAAUUCUUUUUAAUGAGUCUAUACCAUGACUGACACGUGAACAAGAGCUUCCUAUAUUUUAUUUUAUAAAUAAUUACCUCGUAGAAGUUAUUUUUGGACUCAGCACACGUAGGACAACUUAGUAAGUGAAAAUUUAACUCAGAUUAUCAUAUAAAUAACCUAUAUUUGUACAAUAACUGGUAUUACAACUAAUUUGUAAAUAGUCUCUUGCCAAUAACUCCAAAAGUGCCAAAAUACUUCUAUUUUAAUAAGAAAAAACUAGAAAAUGAAUAUCUCAGGACGGAUUUUGUCGGACUAGAGUGACCUUACGAUUAAUAAACUGUCACGUAAUAUAAAAAUGUAUUCAAAUCAGCAGUACGAUCUGCAGUAUUGGAGUAAUGAAAUUCUUUAGUGAAUCUGUGAAUCUCCAGGGCACCGUUGUCCAAUCCCAGUGCCUGUGGAUGAUAACAACAAAAUUAACUCCAAUAAAAUAAUUUUUUUCAACUUUUC